AUGGCAACCCUGGAAAGCCAAGGGGCCCCCGAGCCUGCUGACUCUGACCCUACCAGGGAGUCUAUUUCAACCAGGGCCAGCACCUGCGAGUCGGCCUUUGUCCAAGGCCUUUACUUGUUGGAUUCCAAUCAAGCGGGCCAAAUAUACGCAACGGGUCUACGCAAACUUCAAACGCGAUUCAAUAACUGGACAGGCUAUCUUGGCGUCUUCGCAAGUGGAAACGGUAGUCUGGAUCAGCGCCUGAAGCGUUACCCUCAACAUCGCGAUCUUGUCGUCUUUGCCUUGAACAUGCUCAAAGACAAUCUCCUGCAGAUCACAGCCGAGCUUAGUGACCAAGACUCGGACGAUUCUUCAGAGGAGGAGACCGACAGACGAGAAAUCGAAAUCGAGGGCGUACGAAUGUCAAUCAAUGAGCUUGACCGGCUUGCUAUUCACAUCAGACAAUCCUCGACGUCAUCUCUGGAUGCUCGUGUCAAAGCAUUCGCCUCGAGAAAGGCUGCAGAGAUCUCUUUCUUUGAGACCAAAGCGGUACUGGCCGUCAAUGCGCUCUAUCCAGACGCCCACGAAAGCCUACGCCAGCACUUGAGCAAGUCCAUGGUGCAUAGACAUACCAAGUUGCUAUACUGGAAGUCUCACGACAAGAAGUUACACAACGGAAGCGACACCACCCAGCCAAAGCCUGUAACUCAGUGUGGUUCUAUCGGGUUCUCGUUGCUGUCCGAAACUGUAGCAUCAGACCCUGCCUCCCAUCCACCGAUUCUAACCAAGGCCAUGGAGCCAGUUCAGCGGCGAGCUAGCGCAACCACCGUCCUGGAAACUAAGGCACAGUUCCCUAAGCCACCUCAGUUUGAUGACGGGGAUGAGACCGCUCCCUGUCCUCUCUGUCGAAAGGUCUUCCAGAGGCAUGACUUUACCAACGAUGUUUGGUGGAAGUCUCACAUGAACGAAGACUUGGUUCCCUUUGUGUGCGUUGCAACUUCAUGCUUGGACUCUCCCAACUUCACCCGCCGGUCUGAGUGGAGAGUCCACAUCGAGCAAGAUCAUAGCGAAUUUUGGCAGCAAAACACAGCCAUUCCACUACACGGCGAGAACAAGACUCAUCGUCCUAGCUCUCAAGGCGCAUCUGAAAAUUCUCCCAUCUGCCCGCUAUGUUGUUCCUCGCCACUCGAGGAGCCCGAACGACUCCGGGCCAGGAAGCCACAGACCUCGAGUGAAUCGCCCAAGGCACUACAACCGGGGUCAAAAGAGGCUUCAGAUGGUACUUCUGGCAAAAAGACUGUCCGAUUCGACGUUCCCGAGCAGGAAGAGAGUCUAGCAGACCAGGGCUCGCCCACUACGCCACCCGCUACACCGAGGUUGCAGAUGAAGCCAUCAAAGCACAUGAUGAUGACCAAUCACAUUGCUGGACACUUACAAUUCUUGGCCCUUCUUACUCCGCGGCUGUCGACCAAGAAUCUCGCGGAUGGGAAAGACAUCGACUUUGCCAGCUCCCAGGCCCCCAGCGGUGACUCUAAUUCCGGCGAAAGGAGCACUCUGGGUGAUGAAUUUCAACUCGAAGAGGGACCAAAUACUCAAAGCAUUGAUAUCCGGGAGUCUUUUAGCGAAACGAACUCAGUCCCAGUCCCUGAAGAGUCGAUAGCGCCACAAGACGAAGACAUUCCUUCAACAGAGCCGAUGGAUUGGGCGUUAUUCUCAUCCCUAGACCCACCUCACGGGGGCGAGGAGGACAGGGUCAUAAAACAUAUCAGAGAGAGUCUCCUGAAAGGCGCCGCAAACCGUUUCGCAGGGACCGAUCUUCCCGCGGAGGCAAGUGAGGCCGCCGAGAACCUGGUGACGCUGCUGCGACUAGGAGACGAUUUUACCAAACUCAGCGACCCUGUUCUAUUCAGGAAAAAACUGACCCGAGAGUCUCUGUAUCAGUUCUUCAACACUUCAUUAUCCUCAGUCGAUGAUGGGGUCUACGGCACUUUGGCUAAUCAUUGUACUGAGGAGGUUUGGGGGGUAGGCCCCUUCGGUGGUUCUUUUUCUAGAUGUGUGCUUUUCUGUUUGCUGCUUAAAUGCAAGCGACCCCUGGAUAUUCUGAGACUCAUCGUGGCAGGGCUCUCGGACUUUAACCUUCCUCUUUCUACGGAAACCUUGGAGAGCCUCUUUCCAUUCUGGGAUAAUCAAGUUCUCGGCGUCUUUCUGAAGUCAUACAGCACCUAUGGGUAUGAGAUAUGGGGACAUUACCGAGGAUACGCCACGGAUCUCAGAGUCGUCAAGGCCCAAUUUGAAGAUUCGGCUGGUAGCCUUCCAAGGGGGGUGCACUCUUGGAUCUUCGACGAUGCACGCUUUCGAAAGUUCUUGGCUGAUCCGCAGCCUCAGCUGCUUUGGAUUCAUGGCACUACAGGACGGGGCAAAACCAUGCUACUCUGUGGGAUCAUCGAUGAGCUUCGGGAGACCACCGACAACGCUAUAUCUCAUUCCUUUUUUCCGAGCACCAAUAGCGGUUUCAAAAGUGCCACAGCUCUGGUCCGCGAGUUGAUUCAUCACCUUGUCGUGCAACGGCCAUGGCUCCUCGAAUAUGUCCGAGAGAGUGACGAGCUCUUCAAAAAAACUCUCUCUGGUGCCCUGACUUCCUUGGAAGACUUCUCUGAUGUACUUCGGAUCAUGCUAGGCCAUGCAUCGAUGACUGAUACCGUCUUUAUCAUCGAUGAUGUACACGAACGCACCACGGAGGUGGGAACCCUUCUUAAACUCAUCAUCCACAAAUUACAGAUUCCUUCCAAAUGGAUCUUGGCGAGCCACAGCGGCAUAAGUAUUAUACCACGGUUGGAUUUCCGGGAAAUGGGCGAUUUUGAAGAGAUCGACUUGAACCAAGCUCGGGGUCAAAUCACCCAGGCCAUCAGCGCAUACGCCAACUACAGAGUUGAGUCCUUGGCAGCACGAAAGCAUUAUAAGGACUCGUUGAAGAGGAAUAUCUAUGACUACCUAGUUUCCAACGCCUAUGCCAACUUCUUCUGGGUGUCAAUGCCCACCCGCCGCUCGUUGAAGGACCGAGGUGCCACUCUUUUCAUGACGGACCUCGAGCCUCUAUCAAUCGGCUCGCCGGAACUCAUCAACGCUACAUGGGCCGAGCUAGAGGCAGAUCAUCACGUUGGUUUUAAACUCAGCGACGAUGGCGACUGGACCACAUGUGACGGAAAGCAAGUGCUGUGGCUUCCUCCGGAAUUUCAAGCAUCAUGCUCUACAGUGGCCGGAAACGUGGUUGUAACUGCCAGAGAGGACUCUUGA